CGUCAGUACAAAUAUUGGGUAUUGUACAACCUACAAGGAAGUUCACUACAUAGUUAUUACGACUUGUUUAUGAUAUUUUGUAGUUUAAAAACGUAUAGUGAGAAAACAUUCACUCUGGAAUAAUGGACAUCAGGAAUGGAUCAAAACUUUGCGCAAAGAAUGUUCUAUGGUGCUUUUAUCUUUUCAUGCUGGUACUCUCUGAUAUUGGUGUAAUGACAAAUACAAUACAGCUUACACCAACUCAGUUAUAUGCCAAGGAAAAUUCAAGUGCAACACUCACAUGUUCAAGGACGGACGGGAAAUCUAUUUUAGAAACAAUUUGGAAAAACUCUGAGAUAAGUGACUACGCAAAUCUAUAUUACUUUAACGGACAAUGUGUAACAACGCGGUUUCUAAAAGACAGUAAUUUAUUUGAUGGUCUGUGCAAUGGUGAUGGGACUUAUUCCGUGAUUCUAAAGAAAAUUGAUCGUACUCAACAUGGAGCUGAAUGGACAUGUGAAGAGCUUAUUUCAAUUUCUAACAAAGUCGUGAUACAAGUAUUAGUUCCUGCUACAAGCCUGACAUUGAGUCAACCAAAUUGGGAUUUUAUAAAAGAAAAUACGACAGGGAAAGUCAUAUGCAGAACAUCAGCAUGCCGACCAGAACCACGAGUACAUUGGUAUGUCCGUAACAGUAAAACAAAUUUCGUAUAUAACCUUACACAGUCAUCAACCAAAACAUACAUUGACGGUGAUUAUGGUCUCAAAGCCGUAGAAAGUAUACUACAAUUUAGUCCAAAUAGGACGAUUAAUAACUUACGUCUGUAUUGUGAAGUGAUGACACAAGCUAAUGAAGCUGAUAUAAAGAGCAGCGAAUUCAUAGUUAAUGUUACAUAUCCCCCAGAUAAUUCACCUUUGAUACAAGGGGUGGAAACUAACGAAGUCUUACAGGUCAUUGAGACGGAUACAAACACAUUUGUUUGUUCGAUUACCGGAGGAAACCCUCUUGCAUCAUUGAGCUGGAAAUGUUUUGACAGUCUUGAAAUAACAUCAAUAUCCCAAGGCAGCACAGUUUUAAGUACUGUAAAAUGGGUGGCACUGCGCAAUUUUAGCACAUGCUCUUGUACAUCUCACCACACAUUAAGUAAUUGGAAAAGGACAACAGAUGUAAAAAUUAAUGUACAAUACCCUCCAGACAAGCCACAUUUUAAAAUUGGACAAACAAGUGUUUUUGGUGAUGUUCGUGUUAUUCUAAACAACACAUUGCGCGUUGUCUGCAAUAGCGAAAGUAAUCCUUUACCUUACUACACAUGGACUGGCCCAGGUUUUUCUGGUAAUGGUGACACUUUAGAAAUAGCACACGUUAAAAUAUACUAUCAGGGAGAUUACAAAUGCAAGGCGUCAAAUAGGAUGACACGAACGAAUGCUUCAUAUAAAGCCGGGAGUCAGUCAUCAUCACUCAGUUUAACAAUACUGUAUCCUCCAAGCAAUCCAAAGUUCAAAUUUGAAAACUCCAGCGGUCAGCUCAUUCAGUCAAAUAUAUUUUACGGUAUAAGAAACGAUACGUUUUCCAUUUACUGUGAUGUAAAAGGGAGCCCUGUUCCUGACAUUAAAUGGGAUGAUAACAAAAGCAAUCCAACUCUGAGUAUAUCUAACAUCAAUUUGGACAUAAAUAGUACGUGCAGAGCAACAAAUGUGAUGAAAGAAACUGCGAGUCAAAGGGACAUAAAUUCGAAAUCGGAAGCAUCGCUUUCAAUUAUUGUCUUGUAUCCUCCAAGUCUUCCUACAAUACACGUUUCAAACUAUAAUGGUGACAGCGUUCAAGUUCAAAACGGAAACCUCAGUAUAACAGAAACUGAAACAAUAAAUGUGACAUGUUUUUCCAACAGUAAACCAUUACCAUCUUAUAAAUGGAUAAAUGAGAAAUCAUUUAAAACACAGUCUACAAACAUUUUGAAAUUUGUUAAUAUCAGUCGACACGAAAGUGGAAUAUAUGCUUGCAGCGUUGCAAAUUAUAUGAGGAGGUCCAUUGGCGGAACUGAAGUGGGGAAAAGUACCUUAAAAAUUAUUUUAAACAUAUUAUAUCCAGCUAUUUUGAAUCCAAUAUAUGAUAUAAGUAUUACUGAAGGAUCGCCCUUUGAAAUAUCAUGUCCGGUUAAAUAUGAAAAUCCUUCAAACUCCACAAUUACAUGGUCAAAACUUAGUGACGAAAAUCGAUGGAACAACAAACAAUUAUCUUUCAAGAACGUUUCAAGAGAAGACGGUGGAAACUACACCUGUAUUGUAAUUACGGAAAUGUAUCCUACGAUCGGUAGUUCUUCAAAAAUAGAAAGAAGACAAUCUUUUCAUCUCAAUGUUUUCUUUCCAUCAGAAAUACACAAAUUUUCGAUAUCUACGGAAACAUCAGGUCGAACCUUUGUAGCUAACAGAACUCAAAAUUUAUCGUUCGAAUGCAUUGCUAAAGCCAAUCCUUCAUCAGAUUUAAAAAUAAAGUCUCCAAGGGGGGAUUAUAUUAUCGAGGUAUCACAGUCAAAUAUUGCUCGUUAUACAUUACACAAUGCAUCAUUCAAAGAUGCUGGAGAAUAUAUUUGUACUGGAAGAAACAAGUACACAAAGGACACACCAUCACAGUCAAAACUGAUUCUUAUAGUUAAAAGCCGACCAAGACCAUCAUCUGGCGACACAAGUGUUACGAAAGUGGCAACAGUUCUGAACGUUAAUGUAACACUAUCAUUUCAAGCUAGGAAUUAUCUUGAUGAACCAAACAAAACAAUGUUCAUUUGGUUGAAGGAGAAUGUUUCCAUUUCCGAUAAUGACAAUAAAUACCUGAUACAUACAAAUGAUUUACAAACAAAUAUUAUUAUAAGGAACACAACUCAGCAGGAUUUAGGGUAUUAUAAAGUUGAGGUUGAAAAUUCAGUUGGAUUAUAUACUCACUAUUAUGAAUUGAGAGCCACAACAAUCAUUAACAAGAUUGAGGAAACGGAGACAACGCAUUCUUCGAACACUGGACUGUUAGUUGGUGUAGGAGUCGGUGCGUCUAUUGGCACACUCGCCUUUGUUGCUGUGGCUUUUAUCGGAUACAAACGAUUUAAGAAUAUGAGACAUUCACGUCAUGACAGUCCAAAAUCAGGUAUUACUGUCGGAGUCAAUGCCACAUCCAAUUACACGGAUUUAGAUACAAGCAGGAGAGAUAGGAAUGUUUAUGAUGAGUUCAAUGCGCCUUCUACAAGUACAUACGAGCGACUGAAUACAUCGACUCGAGAGAUAACUACAUAUAUGGAGUUGAAAAAUACAACUGUGCCUAAUGCUGACACUUCCGACUACGUAAAUAUAAGAAUAUAAAACAAAUCAAAUUACAUAAUAUUGUACAACGUAGCAGUUAUAAAAUAUUAGCACAGUUUGUAAAAAAUCGAUUUAUUUUAAUGUAAAGGCAACAACUUUCCGUGGUACUAACAUAAAUGUCAUUUAAACCAAUUUAUUUUAGUAAUAGUUGUUAUUCAUUAAAUGUUAUGCAUUAAAUUCUUUGAUGAUUAUAGAAAAGACCAUAUUUUUAAAAAAUGCCUUUGUAAAUAAUUGACUUUGAACAAAAAUUCUAAAAUUUUAAAUCGUCAUAUCAAAGUCAUUAUUUUGUCAAACUUUUGGAAUAAAAACAUAAUUAAUACAUCUUGGUCUCAGAUUUUUUUCUCAAAAAAUAUUGCGUAACGUUAAUCAUUUUAUGCGACUUAUUUAACCAUACAUAUUACGUAAUUAAAGAUAAUUAAGUCUCUGAUUGAGCAAACAAAAAUUCCUGGCACGGUUCCCUCCGUAAAUGAAUUUCCUUUCAUGUGCUUUAAACCGCAUGUAAAUUGCUUGAUUAUUAAAAACAGUUAUGCCGAUUUAAAGUUAGUCCGACCAGCAUCAAACGAAGUGACAUAAAUCGGCUGUUCUCACUCAGACCCUUACGUUUCACGCUAAAUUAUUGCAUAACAAAAAUAUCGCGCCAAAGGGAGUCACAAGUUGCACUAACAUACUCUUACAACUUUUUAUGACCCAGUGACAUAUGACCAAUUAAAAAGCUGCUGAUUAAUAUCAUUUAAUAGCAGAAAUUUCUUCAAAUAUUACGUGAUUAACUUUCCGUCUGGUAUCUGUCCACAUGUCA